AUGUCCGACGAUGAUGAAUACUACGAAUGGGAAGAAGAUUUUCCAUUUGAAGACGUUGGUCCCGAUGUGGUCGACGAAUUAGCCGCAUCCGCCAACUACGAAGCCAUUCUAUUCGAGGACCCCAAGUUUGAGGUUGAAGACUUUCUCAGCGACUGGGAGUACUAUUCAGACGAUUAUCACGAUGACGAUCCCAGUGUGAAGCAUAAUGCCGAUCUGGUGAAACAGAUCGAUGCCGCCUCCACGACGCAGCGACCUCGGCGGGUGGCUCGUGUGAAUCGCCUGCGAUCCUCCAAAGCACCCGACCCUACUUCCUUCCAAGGCGUGAUCUGGCGAACUCCUUCUAUGAGUGAUGAUUAUAAUCUGAUGGUUCAAAGCCACGAGCCUGGGAGCGGUGAACGCGUUGCUCUGCUCGACAACUGGCGCGAAAUCUUCAAGUCUGCCCAGCCGGCGUUGGAUAAAACUCGACUGCGCGAACGACGAGCCAAGGCUGUCCCCGUAUCGGUUGACACGGGACUGGCAGACGAUGAGCUUGCGUGUGAUGGUGAUGAAGAGGAUAGUUCGGAUGCAAUGUCGGACGUCUCAUCGGUGAACAACAUGAUGGAAAAGGAUGAUGCCGGCGAUGCCUCCAACACAACACCGGAGUUAGUGGAUUCACCCGAGCCAAAGGAUACCGCAGUACCGGUGCCUUUAAAACGGGGUCGGAAGCGAAAGGCCGAGGCGCCUGCGGUGGAAGAGCCGGACAAGACCGAGCCUGGAGGCAGUAACCCUCGAUCUCGCGCCAAACGCGUGGCAUCGGCGCGCGAAGGCCUUGCCCAUUCACCACCCAAGACCUCCUCUGCCCCGGUCAGAAGGUCGGCCCGGCAGAAGAAAUGA